AUGGCACAAGUAGGAGCUAAUAUGGAAUAUCAAGAAUAUAAAUGGGCCUACUCAAUUAUGGAUUCUUCCAAAGUAUCUGCAUGUCUAAUUUCAAUGCUGCUGAUAGUGUACGGCAGCUUUCGUUCCCUGAACAUGGAGCGUGAGGCGAGGGAGCGAGCGGAGAAGGAACGAGAGGCGACUCUGCUGGGCGGGAAGCCCUCCACCGCCUCGUCUGCGAACAACAAUGUCCAAACACUAAGCACAAUGCAAGCGCUGUGCUUUCCGCUGGGCUCGUCCGUGGCUCUGCUCAUCAUGUUCUUCUUCUUUGACUCCAUGCAGACGCUAGUAGCGAUCUGCACAGCAAUAAUCGCGUGCGCGGCGCUGGCGUUCCUGCUGACGCCGCUGUGCCAGUACGCGGCGGGCGGGGUGGGCGGCGCGCGCGUGUGCGGCCGCUACUCGGGCCCCGAGCUGGCCGCCGCGCUGCUGGCCGCCGCCAUCGUGGCCGUGUGGGUGCUCACCGGCCACUGGCUGCUCAUGGACGCGAUGGGCAUGGGCCUGUGUGUGACGUUCAUCGCUCUGAUCCGGCUGCCCUCGCUGAAGGUUUCCACACUGCUGCUCACGGGCCUGCUGCUCUACGACGUCUUCUGGGUCUUCUUCUCCUCCUACAUCUUCACCACCAAUGUUAUGGUCAAGGUGGCGACGAGGCCGGCCGAGAACCCCAUGAACGUGGUGGCGCGGCGGCUGCAGCUGGGCGGCGCGCUGCGCGACGCGCCCAAGCUGUCGCUGCCCGCCAAGCUCGUGUUCCCCUCCAUGCACCACCAGGGACACUUCUCCAUGCUCGGUCUCGGGGACAUCGUGAUGCCAGGCUUGCUGCUGUGUUUCGUGUUGAGAUACGACGCCUACAAGAAAUCCACACUAGUCUGUCAGAUGGGUCAAGUGCCUGGUCCUCGGUCCAUGGGCUCACGGCUGACGUACUUCCACUGCUCGCUGCUGGGCUACUUCCUGGGGCUACUGACGGCCACGGUGUCGGCCGAGGUGUUCAAGGCGGCGCAGCCCGCGCUGCUGUACCUCGUGCCCUUUACGUUGCUGCCGCUGCUCACCAUGGCCUACGUAAAGGGUGAUCUCAGAAGAAUGUGGAGUGAGCCGUUUAUAGCACCUACCACAGGCAAACUAGGAGCCGACUUUGAUGUGUGACUGCCCUCUCAAAUUACAUAGGAACACAGCCAGAGGCAACGACAAUUUCAGUUAGGUCUUACGUCUACUCCUUAAUAUUUACCAAUUUAGACAUUUGAAAUGUUGAUUAGUAAUAUACAGGAAGUAGAUACAAAAAAUAUAGUCAAGCAUUAUGUGUUAAAACACAACAUAAUAGGCUGCAAGUAAAGCCCUUUUAUUAUGAAAUUAGAUAAUCACUUACGAAUAUGAAAUAUUUGUUAGAAUAAAGUCGAAAGCAUUUAA